AUGCUUUCCCCCCUGCUUUACUGGGCUGAAAUCUGCCUGCUGCUGCUCUGCAGAAGCUUCCAGCUGGAGGGUGCAGCGACAGGUUUGAAGGAAGCCAUGAAAUCUGAUAGCAUUAUUGCAGCAGCCCUUGGUGGAGAGGCAAAUCUCUAUUGCAACUUCUCACUCUCGAUGGAUGUUUUGCAAGUCACCUGGCAGAAGAGAAACGGGUCCUCCUUCCAGAACAUAGUCACCUAUAGCUUAAACCACGGGCUGAGGCUGAUAGCGCCAUUUCAGAAGAAGGUGCGUUUCAAUACAGCAACCCUGAAGGCCUCGGCUAUCACGCUCCAAAAUCUCACAUUUGAGGAUGAGUCCUAUUACAGAUGCAUUUUCAAUGUGUUCCCUCAUGGCUCUUUCAGCAAAGAUAUAUACCUCAACAUCCAAAGUGAUCAGAAGAGCAUAAUCAUCACGGCGGUCUUAACAGUUGUGGUGUUCUUAACAAUCUUUAUCCAUUACGUCAUAAGACUAAUCAGCAGAAAAAGGAAAAGACAGGAGAGACACAGUGCACCCAGAACACCUGCAGAGGAGAAAGGCUUGCACCAAGACCUAAGUGAGGAAGCCAUGAGCCUGCACACGCCAAAGGACCAGCACAUUGUUUAUCAAAAUGAGAAGCCGACACCAAAUUCCUCACUUCGCAAAAGGCUGUCAGGUGAGAAGAGAAACCUGAGAGAGAAAAAAAACUGCAAGUGCUUGUUUCCAGAGAAAAUGGAGAACCUGAAGAGCAACAUUGAGAGGCAAUAUAAGGUGUUGAUCAGGGAGCUUGGCUGCACUCCCAUCAAGGAGGAUAGAGAGGCAACAGCAGGUGGGGAGUCCAAAUAA